CAAUCAGAGAGGAUGGCAUGCCAGGAGGCAGAAACAAAAGCAUCGGACCUGUCCAGAUAUCAGAGGAAGAGAUUGAGAGAAUUAUGUCUGGGCAAGAAUUUGAGGGAGAGGCGAACAUGUCAUGGAGCAACAACGGAGACAGUGACCAUAGUUCCCCUGGAAAUGGAGUUUCUGAGAGCAACCAGCCUUCACCUGUUUCUACUCCAUCUUCAAGGUCCGUGGAGCUGAAUGGAUUCGCUGCACUCAGGGAUCAGUAUAUCGGGACGCCGGUGUCCACGCACUAUCAGUACCUCCCGCACCUUUUUAGCUAUUCUGCUCACUCGGCUCUCAUGCCCCCCCAAACGCGCAGCCUGGACCCCCAGUCGCACAGCCUCAUCAAUCAGUUAGUGUCAGCAGAGGACCUGGAGCCGCUCGGCACGCCGAUGCUCAUCGAGGACGGGUAUAAAGUGACUCAGGCAGAGCUGUUUGCGUUGUUGUGUCGUCUGGCGGAUGAAUUGCUUUUCAGGCAGAUUGCUUGGAUCAAGAAGCUGCCGUUCUUCUGCGAACUCUCCAUCAAGGACUAUACCUGCCUGCUCAGCUCUACGUGGCAGGAGCUGAUCCUGCUGUCCUCGCUGACUGUUUACAGCAAGCAGAUCUUUGGUGACCUUGCGGACGUCACCUCCAAGUACUCUCCCUCUGACGAUGAGCUGCACAGAUUCAGUGAAGAGGGGAUGGAGGUGAUGGAGCGGUUGAUCUACCUCUUUCGCAAAUUUAACCAGUUGAAGGUCAGCAACGAGGAGUACGCGUGUAUGAAAGCCAUUAACUUCCUAAAUCAAGACAUCAGGGGUCUGACUAAUGCGUCCCAACUGGAGCAGCUGAAUAAGCGGUAUUGGUAUGUUUGCCAGGACUUCACGGAGUACAAAUACCCACACCAGCCAAACCGUUUUCCGGAUUUAAUGAUGUGUUUGCCAGAGAUACGAUAUAUUGCAGGAAAAAUGGUGAAUGUCCCCCUGGAGCAGCUGCCUCUCCUGUUUAAGGCCGUUCUACAUUCCUGCAAGACGAGUGUGAGCAAAGAGUGAGCCCAGCUCGCCCCGGCCGGUGCCUUACACUGUGCCUCAGGCAGGGAGCUGGCUCACCUCGGGAGAGGGGCAAACGCGAUCCAGGCAGGAGACGGGGCGGUGGGCGUCCCGGCCAUUGUAGCAAGAAUCUUUUUUGUUUGUUUUUGUUUUUUUACUCUUUUUCCUAUAUAUUUAUUUCACGACAGAGUUGAAUGUAUGAUCUUCAACACGAUGCACAUGGUUCUGUAUGAAUGCAGCAGAUGCAUUCUCCAGCGGUUUACAGAAUGUGAAGAUGUUUAAUGUUACAGUGUUUAUUAGGGUUAGUUCUUUUGUAUUUGGGGGCUGGGGACCGAGAUGACCAAGACUACCUCAAGGAGAAGAUGCUGUUCGCGCACUGCUCUUUCCAUGAUUUGUAUCCAAAAGCGUUUGUCGUAGAGAGCAAACGGCCUCACAGCAUCGACAGAGCUGUUGGUAUCCCAAAUGGACGAUUUCGGAGAAGUGGGUGUUAGAGAAGUGCCAAGCUUUUUUUCUUUAA